UGGCCGGUAAUGGCGCCGGGAUGGCGGUAUUGCCGCGGCCGCUGAAACGACAGUCCGGAGUCGCCGCCGCCGCCGCCGCCUCUCCUGCUUCCCUCAGCGUUCGACGACCCCGCCGGCUUACGGGAUGAGCCGGGCGCCUCCGCCCGGAAGGAGGAGGAAAGAACGGAGGCGACGAUAGGGCAGGUGAACUGGCAAGAUGUGGAGCAGCAAACAAAAUGAGGUGCCUUUACAAAACCCAAGGUCCUCCCUCAACAGGGAUUCCAUCAGAGACCUAACCACAGCAUGGGAUGCCUUUUCACAGACAAAAGCAGCGCUGCGACACAUUGAAAACAAAUUGGAAGUCACUCCUACCAGCACAGCUGUCUUAGAUUCUGUCAUGGAUACCAAGAAGCCAUCUGCCAGUACUACAAGGAAAAUAAGUAGAAAAGCCUGCAGGUCUUCCAGUCAAAAAAAGGAGAGGUCUCCACGCUGCCCUCUACGUGCUACCACUUUGGAUAGUAAUGUGAAAAAGAGCGGACAUGUUGAAUUUCGUGAGCCUCUUACUUCGUUUAGGGAUACACAGUGCUCCCCAUCUCAUAAAAGCCCUUGCCGAUGGGAGGUGAAGAGUGUGAAGCAUAAAGAAGUAGCGAAUAAGGCUGAAGGAAUGAGUCAUAUGGCCUGUGAAAAAAGUGAAACUGAUUUGCAUAUCAGAGAUCCCAGAAGCCCAUCUUCUGCAGAUGAAACUGUUGUUCGCUAUUUGAAUGACCGACCAGCAAUUGAUGCCUUGCAGAACUCAGAUUCUUUCUUUAAAGCUGUAACUCCCACAAGAUCAGAGGAGGAAAAAACUGAGGGAUCCAGAGAUGAGUAUGCUAAAACUUCUCUAAGUACCACAGUCUCAGAUGCUGAAUUGAAAGACCCACAGUUGGCUGAAUCUUCAGCUUCCUCUGCCAGUACCUCUAGUGUCCACAGACUAGAUAUCUUCAAGCGUCGCCUGCAUGAUGCUAAGCUGGAGAAGCUGAAGGAACGGAUCAGGAAGCAGUGGGAACUUCCAGAUGAACUGAAUAGCAAAGGACAGUUUCGGGACUAUGUUGAUCAUCCAGUAAUUGUUGCACCUGCUGAGAAUACAGUAACACCUAAAAUCAGAAAAGUGACAUCUGCACCUCCUGCUCCCUCAUAUAAAGGUUUCAAUCCAUCAGAAGUCAAGGUUCGUACUCCAGAUGGAAAGGUAUGGCGUGAAGAAGAAUUUCUCAGUCUCAGCAGAGAGCUAUGCCGAGACUUGCAACUCCAGUUAGAAGAAGAUUCUGCUGUGAAAGACAUACCUGCUGAAAAAAGUAAGGAGCGAAAAGUAACCAAAACAGUGCGCAAAGUCCAGAAAGUGACAGAGCUACCAGGUCCUGACUCCAAGCCAGGAAAUAUCAAUAUAAUAAAUGUGUCAUCCUGGCGGGAUGGACAAAGAUUGGCAAAGAAGAUUCUGGGUCCAGGACCUAAAACAGAGCAAGAAGAUAAACAGUCAUCUUCCAUUGAUAGAUCUGGGAGGGAUAGGUUGAUUAAAUCUGCAUCUCACAUUGGGAAGACAGAAUCUGAUCCCAUGCAGGAUGUGACCGUAAAACCCUGCUCGAGUCCUAAACGUUCCUGGAGUAAAAUAAGACGGGAAAAUAGCUUUAGGAAGAGAGAUGUUGCUCUCCAGAAUACUAAACAGAAAGAAGACCAUGUAAAUAAGGACUUCUUGCCGGUGGAGAUCCGAGGGAUUCUUGAUGACCUUCAACUGGAUUCUAUGGUUCAGAAUACAAAGCAAGAGGUUAAUGAAGAAAAUCAGAAUUCAGAAGUGCCUGCUGCAUUUGCCAGGGGCCACAGCCCAACCAAGAGAAAGCCAGACAAACUAGGCACUAAUGAAGAGCCUCAAGUCACCUCUAAGAAACGCCACUAUGAUACAGAUGAAGUUCGCCAAUUUAUUGUUAAACAGCAGCAGGAGAGAAAAAAGAAGCAGAGCGAGCAGAAAAAAGCACAGAAGGAGGCAACAGAGCAGAAGAACAAGAGACUUCAAGAACUGUACAAGAAACAGAGGGAGGCUUUUGCUAACAAGCCAAAGAACGCAUUGGCUCCUGAGCCAGUCCCCAAGCAACUACAAGAGACUUAUUCCAAAUUAUUCCUGGAUCAAGCCUUGCUGGAGGAACCCCAGCCACCACUCAUACAGCAGCCCAAACCUGGGUAUCAGCCAUCCGGAGAAUCUGACAAGGAAAACAAGGCACAGGAGCGUCCACCUAGUGCAUCCUCCAGUAGCGACAUGUCUCUGUCUGAACCUCAUCGUACACUUGUUAGGAAUAAUUUGUUGGAGCCUUUAUGGAUUCAGACAGAUAGACUGACUUCAGAAUCCCAGCUGCCUUGCCCACAACCUUCUGCUGUCUUGAGUGGAGGUCUCUUUUCCCAACUUUUGUCUCUAGAUCACAUGAGUGUCUUGCAAAAGGACUUUGACUAUUUGUUAUCAACCAGAAGGAGCCACAACACAUCUGUGGGAUCAAUGCCUUUGACAUCUCAGCCAGUUACAACAUCUACGAUACAGCCCACCAUUAGUCAGUAUAAAAGUAAACUGGACCGUAUUGAAGCUCUGAAAGCAACAGCAGCUUCUUUGUCAAGCAGAAUUGAAAGUGAAGCCAAGAAGUUAGCUGGAACUGGGAUUAAUUAUGGAACAGCGUGGAACUCUGGAGACGAUUUGGUGCAAGGAAAUCAGGGUGAUAGCUACUGGGCAAAGGCCAGCAGUCCCCCUGUGAAAGAAGAGAAUGAUGUUUUCUCAGCCAGGCUUCAGAAAAUGUUGAGUACCUGUGUGUCCCAGACAACUUUUGAUGAUAACCUUCCUGGAGUGGGAAAUCUUAGUGAGUUUAAAAAGCUCCCAGAGACCAUCAGUCCUCACACUGCUGCUAUCAGUCUUCCAUGCAAACAGAGAUCUGAAGGAAUAGUAGGAAACCUAUCCAGGAAGCCAGGCUGCUCUCCUAAGGCUGAAAGUAAAGUUGUAGCUCUGCAUGAAUAUAGUGCAGACUCAAUAAGCGAGGGGCCUCUUAGUGAUCACCUCUUGUCUGAGGAGGAGGGAGACCUGCACGAGUGCUUGCCUUUGAAGACAGCCAAGAUGUUAAAGGAAAAAGAGUUCUGUAUUGCAGACAGAACUGGCUACGAGCCCAUAGAACAAUUUCAGAAAGAAGCAGAAAAGUAUUUACCCAUUUCCACACAGACGAGGAGUGUUUCAAGACCUUGGGAAGAACUGACCAAAGGAAGUCCACAUAGUGUCAUCAACAUCUUUACAAAAUCUUACCAGUUAUGUGGGAAAGUAUUUGAGGAAUGGUCAGGACCAAGAUCACCAGUCCAGCAACCUUCACUUCCAGUAAUGAGCCCUCCAGCUAGCGUCAUUUCAUAUGAGGAUGACUUUGUCUCAUUGCAGGGCAGUGGAACGGUGACAGACAAAAAGUCUGCUGUUGAGCCCAGUGUUCGCAGCAGCAGCCCAAGCCUAAAGGAAGAGUUUAUCAGCAGGAAAUCACCUUAUGAAAUCCAAGCUAAAGAAUUAACCCACCAUUCCUCAGGAUCUCCAUCUGCCAGUUCUUCUUGCUCAUCUGCAUCUUCUAAAAGAAGAGGGAAGAAGGAAAGGCUGGAAUCUUUUACGGGGGUUUCUCAUGUCUCUUUGCGGGAAGAAAACAAAACUUUUGCAGAAUCAGACCACAGACUGUCACAGGCAAAGAACUCAUUGUCUAGCAAUGGAGUGUCUACUAGAGAACAAGUGCAGAAUCCAGAUUCGGACAACACAUUAGAAGAGCUAUCUGGCCAUUCCAUGAUGAGUCUUCCAGAUAAGUUAAGAUCCCCAAGGACUGCAAGCUCUGCAAGCUGUCCUCAAUCUCCAGGUGGAUCAAAACAACCAGAUCCUGCUCCAGAAAAGACCAGAUCCUCUUCAAGCUCUCCAGCAUCUAUCACUCCUGCACCCAAACCAAACCUUGCUUUUUCUGGAACCAACAGGAAUGGACCAGGUGUUAUGAAUGGCCCCAUGCGUUUCUCCCCUGCUGGUCUCCACCAGCGUAUGUCAGCCGAGCUAAACUACUUAUGUACCAUUGAGGAAUCUGUGCGGCAGCUGUCAGAUAUAGAACGUGUGCGGGGCAUUUCACUUGCACAACAGGAAAGUGUCUCACUGGCUCAAAUACUAAAGGCACAGCAACAGCGACAUGAGCGGGAGUUGGCUCUUCUGAAGCUCAAAGCAGAGCAAGAGGCAUUGGAAAGUCAGAGGCAGUUGGAAGAGGCACGGCAGAAAGCAGCUCAGGUCCAUGCAGAAUCACUGCAGCAGCUGGUGCAGUCCCGGCAAGACGCUGCUGAAGCUCUUCAAGAAACUACGAGUAAGAUAGCAGCUCAGCAGGUGGAGGCAGCUCUUCUCACCACUGAUGCUGCUCGGCAGAUCCGCGAGAUGACAGAGCUAGCUCGUGCCCAGAUCUCAGAUGUAAUCAGUGUUCCUGCAGCUCCGAUUACCAUGCUGUUGGAUCAAGAUCGAAAGCAUCAUUCAACUUUCGUAAAGAAACUAAAAUCUCACUCUGAUACAAGCAGGAAAACAGAAUCUGUUACCCCUUUGCCAAAUAAAGAGAUGGGUGACUUAAAGCACCAUUACCCUCCUUCAUUUGAUAGCUAUUCAGAAUCAUCAAGAUCAAAGGCUCAUGACCAGAGCAGCAGCAGCAGCAGUCGCCAGGAAAGUCCAUCUGUUCCAUAUUCCAAGGAGGCCAAAAAAGUUUCCCGUCAUGAAAAACCAAACAGCUCCAUUGAGGAAGAGGGUCUGACAGCUGUGAAUGAUUCCCUGCAGAGCAAUAGCAUUCCAUCCAUCCCAGAUGAGAGAGAUUCAACUUCUGUUGCAACAGAAUAUUCCCUGAAAUUUGAUGAGUCCAUGACAGAAGAUGAGAUUGAAGAAAAGUCCUUUCGGUCCCUGUUACCUUCCGAGAGUCACCGCCGGAUCAACUUGAAGAAACGAGGCCACCGUGAUGAUUCUGAUGAGGAGGCUUCUCCUGGAAAGCCCUCCUUAUCACCUGUCAAAGAGUUAAGCCUGCCAUUCUCAGGAGGUCAGGACAGUUUUUCCAAGUUCACAAUGGAAAUGGUGCGGCAGUACAUGAAAGAAGAAGAAAUGCGGGCAGCUCAUCAGUCCUCACUGCUCCGAUUACGUGAGAAAGCACUGAAAGAGAAGACCAAGGCUGAGCUAGCCUGGCUAGAGCACCAGAAAAAGCGUUUGAGAGACAAAGGAGAAGAUGACAAGAUGCCACCUAUCCGAAAGAAGCAACGUGGCUUGAUUCUGAAACUGCAGCAAGAAAAGGCAGAAAUUAAGCGUCUUCAGGAGGCUAAUAAGGCUGCCCGGAAAGAGAGGCAACUGAUCCUUAAGCAGCAGGAAGAGAUAGAGCGAAUACGCCAAACUACUAUGAAACUGCAAGAAAAACUGAAAUCUGCAGGGGAAAAUAAGCUGGAGCUUCGCAGUGAAGAUGAUGCAAAACAAACUCAUUCUUCCAGCCCGCUGCCAACAGAUGCAGAGACCUGUAGCCCUUCUUCUGUUUCCAGCAGCGAGACCAGUAGCAUCAUGCAGAAAUUAAAGAAAAUGCGAAGCCGGAUGGAUGAGAAACACUGCUCUCCUGUUCACUACUUCUUCUCUGUCUUUACGUCUCACCACUGGGCCUCUCUCAGUGUCUGUUUUCCCAACCUCCAUCCCAAAUUCCAGCUGUAUAUCUACAACCAAUUGGUCAGGUUCUUAACAAAGCGAGAGCAAAAACUAAUGCAACGGCGCCAACAUGCUGAAGAACUGCUGCAGUGGAAACGCCGUCUAGAUGCUGAAGAAGCAGAGAUACGUCAGAUAGAGAAACAGGCCCUGGCUGCUUGGGACAAAGAACUUCUCGAAACGAAAGCAAACAAAAUGGCAGCAGGAGACCAGAAUGAUCAGAAAGAAACAGCCAGCGAAGAAGAUUCUUCUGUGCCACCUUGCUCUCGCUUAAACAGUGAAAGCUCUGUCCCAGAGGAACUGGGCAAUCUAGCUGUUGAGUCUGGCCCAUCAAAGGUCUCCCAGGUCCAAGGACUGCUGGGAAGCCCAGAUCACACUACACUUACAGAAGAAAUGGUUUAUACGCAGGAACUUGAAUCUGCUGCCUCACCAGGAAAACUUUCUCCUUCUAAAAGCAGCACUUCCUUAUCAAAGCAAGGGUCCAGCAAAGGGACCCACAGAACUGGAGGGCAGCAGCAUUUACCAGUAAAAUCCCAGGACAUAUCCUAUAGUUGGUCUGACGAGUCAUUAUCCAUGACCCAAUCAGAAACCACCUCAGAUCAAAGCGACAUUGAAAGCCGAAUCCGAGCUCUGAAGGAUGAGCUUCGGAAGAGAAAAUCUGUGGUCUACCAGCUGAAGAAGGAGCAAAAAAAGAGGCACAAGGAGAGGCUGAAAGCCCAGGAGGCAAGCCUGCUCAAGCAGCUAGAGACUUAUGAUGAAUUCAUCAAGAAGACUGAAGCAGAGUUAAGUCAAGAUCUGGAGGCAACACCUACAGCUAAACCACAAAUUAAAACUCCAUCUUCUGUUACAGAGAAACCAAAGAUCAAACCACCUCCACUCCAUAGAUCUGAAACAUCAAAAAACUGGAAGUCACUAACGGACUCUGAACGUUGCAGGGCGUCACUGGAGUCCAUUGCAGAGCAUAUCGAUGCAGUAUCACAUUCUGAGAGAACUGUCUCUUCAUACACCAAGACAUUUAAUGAGGCAGAGAUUCGGACAGAGGAGCAUUUCCAAACUCCAUCCCUGAUCGUCAAGGCCCCACAAAAAGCUGGAGCAGAAUCUGGUGAUAUGCUGGAUAGUUUUCCCUCCUUGGCUGUCUUCAAAGAUUUAGGAGACUUGAACAAAACAUCCCAUGUAUCAUUGAACACUUUUGAAGAUGUGACAAGUUGUGAUACUUCAGUUUCCACUAACAGAUCUGUGGUACAAGAGGACAUCGAGUCUGUAAAAUCAGAAGACUCUGAGCCAGAUGAUACUCACAAGUUUUCAGAAAGAUCUGGUGCUUCUGCUUUGGACACUGAGCAAAAGAGCUGCCCGCCAGUCUCGCUAAAGACAAGUGUUUAUCCUGAGGUUGGCUUGGCUGUUGUACGUGUUCAAGAUGGAAAGGAGAUACCAAAGCAGGAGGGAAGUUACAAGGAUGAUGAAUGUGCUGCAUCAGGUCAGUCCUCUCGUAAGCCAAAUAAGACCUUGCCUUCAGAGCAGCUGUGCAAGGAGCCACUGCAUGCUAAUGAUUUUGAGAGGUCAUCCUCAAGAAAGCAUAAGUCAGAUGAUGAAGUACCUCAUACUGAAUACUACGAUGAUUUUGACACAUCUGCGUCCUCUCUUGGAGAAGACUGUAGGUCACAGGGAGAAAAAUCAUGGUAUACAAAGACUCCCAGGAGCAAAUCUGCAAGUAUUGGAAGUGAUGAGGAAAUAAGUGAAUGUCUCAGCGUCAAAGCUCUGUCUGUGGCUUCUAGCGCUCAUUCUGAAAGAUUAUUAAUACUGAAAUCGCCAACAGAACAGAUGAAAAGUAAAGAGCGCAGUGAUGUGGAGGAAGAAUCAGCACAUGUUGAUACAUCACUUUGGGCUUCCAAGAUAGAAGAGGAGGAAAAUUCUCUACAGGAUUUCAGCAUUGGUGACAGAGUUCUUGUCAGUAAUGUCCAGCCUGGGACGCUGAGAUUUAAAGGCCUGACGAAUUUUGCUAAAGGUUUUUGGGCUGGUGUGGAAUUAGACAAGCCUGAAGGAAGGAAUAAUGGCACUUAUGAUGGCAUAAAAUAUUUUGUUUGCAAAGAAAAACAUGGAAUUUUUGCUCCUCCGCAAAAAAUCUCACGGAUUUCCGAGAGUUCUGGUGGCCACAUGGACAUAAAUGAGGACUCUUUCUGCAGGAUUCAGCUAGAUCACAACCACAAAGUAGAUCAGAAGGACAGACAGAGUCCAAGAGAAGAGCAAGAGGAGACUGUGGGGAAAAUUGAAAGUGAGAAAUCUCUCCAGGAUAAAUCACAAAGAGGCACAUCUGCCUUAGAGGGUUCCAUAGCAGCUGGAGAUCAUUUAGAACUCACUGUCCAAAAAAGUCAAACUGUUGCUGCUGUUGAAGAAGUGCUUGCUGAAGAACAUAGUGUUGUAAAUUCUCUAAAGUCCUCAGCAGAUGAUGACAGGCUCUUGCCUGCCUCCAUUUCUGAUGCUGUUAGCAAGACUUCAGCUAUUGAAGGGGCCCUGGAUGGAAUCUUCCCUGAAAAAUGGAAGCAACAGCAGCCUUCUUGGCAGGAAUAUACUGAAAAGUCAGAAAACCUUUCCCCGAGAGUGUUGGAGAAGUCUGCAACUCCACUCCUGGAUUUACUCACAAAAGAAAGGAGCCAGUUGGAAGCACAGCUUAGGCUCCCAUCCCACGAGGAAGAAGAAUCCAAAGAUCAACAGGAAAAAGUUGGGUUGUUGACAGACAGCCUCCUGCAGGCAUUUGUGAAGGACACAGUCAAUCAGCUGCAGCAAAUCAGAAAGGUCAGGAAUGAGAAAAUUCAGUGUAGUAAUCAAGAACUCGCUGCUGGCCAAGAGCAGAAGUUGGCAGCUGGGGACCUGCAGAGCAUUUUAAUAAGUUCUCAACUGGAUGAUGGAGAAGAAGUUUCCUCUCCAGACUUGUGUCCCAGACCCGAGAGCCCUGUGUUUGGUGCCAGUGGGCAGGAAGAGCUUGCCAAGAGGCUGGCAGAGUUGGAGCUUAGCCGGGAGUUCCUGAGUGUGUUAGGAGAUGACCAGGAUUGGUUUGAUGAAGAUUUUGGCUUGAGUUCUCGCAAACUCCCUCCAAAGCAAGCUGAAGAAUCAGCAGUGCUGCCUAAGACGGAGCCUCCCAAAGUACCCCCCAAGCCAUGUGAAGAGCCCUUAGCUGUCCCACACACUGCGGAAGAGGUAGAGGUCUUGGUGCACGAGGCGGCUGAGGAACUAUGGAAGUGCAAAGAGCUGGGGCAUGGUCUCCAGGCUGCUGGCCUUCCCAGAGAUCUAAGUGAUUCCCUUAAAGAGGAUGACAUCGAAGCCAUCAGCAGACAAAUCUAUAAACAGGCUGUGUUUGACUUAACAAGAGAGAUUUUUGGAGAAAUCUUCGCAGACGAUCCAAAUUUGAACCAACCCAUAUGGAUGAAACCCUGCAGGGUAACUUCGACUUACUUCCGUCGAGUAAAAGAUCCAAGUGACCUUGAGGAAAUCAAGAGCUUCAUAGCAACCGAGGUGCUAAAACUGUUAAAUUUGAAAAAGGAGCCAAACAACAAAAUGGACUGGCAGAAAAUGAUCAAAUUUGGACGUAAAAAACGUGACAGAGUGGAUCAUAUACUGGUUCAGGAACUGCAUGAAGAGGAAGCUCAAUGGGUGAAUUAUGAUGAAGAUGAGCUAUAUGUGAAGAUGCAACUGGCAGAUGGGAUUUUUGAGGCCUUAAUCAGAGAGACAAUUGAUGUUCUUAACCAGAUCAACGAGAAACAAGAGAGGUUACUGCCCAUGUGACCUCCAGGAUGGGUACCUUUGUCAUAGCAGUGCUGCUAUUGGAGCAUAAUAUGAUCUUAAACAUGGCUGAGAAGAGAGAAGAUGGUGUGACAUCUCCCCCUCCCACCUUUGAUUUUUAGAGACUUCUCCCUGGGUUUGUUCCAGAAAAAGUUUUUAUCUCCAUUUGAUCCUUUAACAGUCUGUUUACAGCUACUGUGCUGUGCAUUUUGUUAAAGGCUGGAUUGGAGCCCCAGAUACUCCAUAUCAGAUUCACUGGCAGCAGUGGAAACUUAGUCAUCAGUAAACAUUGUUCUCUAUUUAAAUAACUUCUGUCCUAACCUGGUUUUGUAAGUAAUAACUUUCUUAACCAUCAUGAUGAUUUAUCCUGCAUUCAAAACCUGCAAUGGUCUCCUUCUUCCCCUCCCCCAGUUUUGUUCUAUUCUUCCCUUCAUUUUCAUCUUUCAGUCUCAAAAUGUGGACCUAGAGAUGGUUGCUGGAUCAAUGCAAGCAAAGCAUGUGGGUCUUGAGCUCUGGAUUUGGCUAAAGAUUUGUUUCAGCUGCCUCUGGGCAGAAUGAAAAGCUGGCCCAAAGAUGAAUCUGAGGCCAGUGUUCCUCCUUUUCCAGUGUUUUAGUUCUCCCAAUAGGCCACCAGCUGCCCCUAAGUAAGCGUGUACUCAGGAUUUCUCAGGCCCUGGACACGCAGGAAUUGGAAAACCGUGCUUGUUCCAUGUAGACCCUUAACCCCUUUCCUCCCUUGCUUCCCACCUAGGGUAACAUGUUGGCAGAGCCAUGACUUGAACUUGGUAGGGCUAGGAGUGUGUGUACCAAAGAGAGCUUGACUCGGGGUUUGUUUUGUAUGCAUGCGGAAUUUCUUUUAACUUAUUUUAUAACUUGUAUGUUUGAAAUACAUGCCUAGUGCUACACUGGUUGCACUAUCUUAUGACUGAAAAUGCUAGAAUCUGGGAAGGGUAUCUGUGUUAGGCAACCAUCACUGUCCCAUGAGCAUAGAGAUUCAGAGGCUUUGUUGGGGGGAAUCCAUCUCUGAGAGAGAAGGCUGUGAAGAGUUGUGCAUGUUUUCCACUGUGCGGUGAAAAGAGAUGUGCAGAGGUGCACAGACUUGUAGAGAGAGCACCUGAAACAGAUCAUGGAAGCCUCUUGUCCGUAUCCCCCUCCCCAAUAUUUCCCACUUUUGGUUCUUCAGUUAGGACACAGCCACUGUCAGACACAAUGCGGAGAAGGCCAAGCAGACGGCCUUCCUUGUUUUUCUGCAAAUGAACACAGGUAACCUAGGCUUGAACACUGAUGCCUUAAUUUGAAAUCUGGUUUACUUGACAUGACCUAUGGAACCAGAGUAUUUUCAAAAUCACCUGUUCUGUCUUAGUUUGGACACAGCACUCUGAACUCCAGCAUGGAAGGAAGCACUCCAAAGACUAUCUGACCCAGGAGAUGUUCAUGGGAAGAGUUGUGCACUUUUUCUUCCCUUCUCCUUUAGUUCCUUGGGCUUCCAGCUGAGUUUCCGUCUGCCAGUACUCCUUUCCUAGCCUUUUACUUUGAAAUCUUUUUGUGAUGUAUUUGCCUUUUGCAUCAUGACAUAAUACUAAGUUAGGUUCUCACAAAUAGGGGCAAUGCAGAGAAAGCAGUUGGCAUCCUACCAAACUAAAAUAAUCUCUAGUAUGGUAUUGCUAAUAUCUCAUUUGGUGGCUUGUAAUGGCUAGAAAAGCUAAAGGACAAAGUCAGAGAGGAAUUAAUGCGUUUAAGAACACCCAGCACAUUGACCUGGGAACAUUUCCCCCCCUCACUGUGUCAGAGCUAGGUGCCAACAACUUCUUUCCUUCCUUUUUUAAUAUCAAUCUGGUGGAGCAAAUUGCUGCUGCAAAUUAAGAGUAUCUUUUCAUAUUGAACCUCAUGCAUGUUUAAAACUCCUGAAGAAGAGCUGCUUUUUAAAAACAGGCAUAAUGCCAUUUAUUACAGUGUCUUACAUUUUACUAAAUCUGGGCUAGCCCUGGUUGUAAAUAACCUGGUGCAACUUGCUUGAAUUGGGGGAAUAUCCAAGCAGAGGGAACAAGUUAUUAAACAGAUAACUGUAUAUAGCAUAUUGCUAUUCCUGAAGUUACCAGUAACAGUAGCAAUAGUAGCUUUAAAGUGAGCAGCAUGCUGUCUCCUUGAGCAUAAGGUUCUGCAGAAAAGCGGUCUCGUUCUCUCCAGGCAUAGAAAGUGCAGGAGAGAUCUUUCUUGUAAAAUUACUGAUUCCAGCUGAUUUGAGUGAGCGCAACAUUGGUGGUCAGUUGAAUUCUUCACGCCCUACAUAGAAACAGCUUGCGUAAGUUUUUGUACAGGUACUGGAUUAUUCUUAUUGCAGGUUAUAUGGUGCAGAAGUCAGAUAGGAGGGAUAUUCUUCUAAUCCAUUUUGCAGACACAGGGUAUAAAAACACGUUGUGAGAAUGCAGUAGGAUACCUUUAGCUCCACCCUUAGAGAGGCUUCUCAUGUUUGUAUCUGUGUGAAAAUAUACAGUGUUUGUUAACUGUUAACGUAUGCCUGGGUUGCCCAGAGAUUUGUCAGCUCCAUUUUAAGAGCUUGCUUGUUAGUGAAUGAGACGCCUGUCAUAUUUUCAGAAUACCUUCCACAUGCAUGAGGAUGUGCAAAUAGCCAUCCCUGUACCUAACAAGCAAGAAAGAGAAUUUUAACCUGGAAGCCUGUGGAGAUUUGGGGCAUUGCCCAUUUUCAUCCUAGAGCAGGAUGGAUUGUUGACGGGAGCACACGAGAGCCUUGGAUUAAAACGGAUGGACAAGACUUGUGAAUGUGGAAGUCUCAUUGGAGAAGAUCAUGAUAGGGGCGGGGGAGACAUAGUGUUUCUGAGCCUAAAAGUGAGAAACUAUUUACAGUCCAGCUAGAUUAUUUGUACCACCAUUGUUCUACUCCAAGUUCCAGGAAAAGAUCAUCAGUGCUAUGUAUGCAAAAGAAAGGGGUGAUGCAAAUACAAAGAGCAAUUGUUUCUGAUCUACGGAUUUAGAACACUGUCCCCCGAGAAACAUUACUGGCUAGUCUCCUCUUAAAAUGAGUAGGCAUUAGACAGGAACGCAACUGUGCUUUUGCACAGUUCCCAAUUAUUUCAAAAGUGGCUUGAUGAGAAAAGGUUCCCGAUGGAGUGUGCCAGGUAGACAUUGAAAUACUCUUACCUUUCAGGAAGCAACAUAAUAGCAACAUAAUCUGUGGCCUAUUGGGUAGGUGGAGGGUGAGAGGGAACCCACUGUGUUCUCUUUGAUGCUCUUUGAAAACGUGGCCUUAGCAUUUUUGCAAUACUUGAAUGAAAGUGUGUUAUCGCAAAAGAAAUUCAGUAGCACAGUGUUCAGAGACCAUUGAAGUAACUGCACCACAGACUUUUUCAAAUCAUUUUUGCUACCUUAAGAGACUUGAUUGCUUAUUUUCCAGCAGCAAAAACAGUUGACACUUACAAGAUGUUCUUUGUAAAUUGUAGGAUUUUUUAUUGUUUACAAAAAUGCUUAACAUUGAUAAGCGAACCUCUUGACAAACUUAUUUGAAUUCUAACAUGUAGAAAUGCAAAAAAAGAGAGAUUGAAAAACUGUACUGUAGUACACCAGAGUAAUUAAGACUUUUUCUUGAUUUUUUUGCAGAGACUUUUGAUACACAUUUGCAAACCUGUCUUGGGGAGACUCCUCCUCCCUGUGUACUGUAUUGUGCAGAGACUCUGUUGCUCACCAUGUGUGUGUGCACACGCACACGCAUGUGUGUGUGUGUGAGAAUAACUUUGUCAAACUGGUUUCCUGGCAAAUUUCAGCCAGUAGUCACACACCCCUGUGUAGCACGGCUCAUUAGAUUACAGGGUGUAAGGUUUUCUUGUAAUUAUGAACUGUAAAAUAACCAGGGUAGUCCCUGUGUACACCAGUGUAAAUAUCUUUGUUAAUUUGAGAUGUACUUUAAGAGAAUAAAAUCUGUAAAUAAA